AUGAAGUUGACCCCUCUCGUCCCUGGUGUAGCCUCGCUUGUCGGCGUCGCCAGUGCUGGUACUGUUCUCUGGGAUGGCCGUUUCAAUGACUUGUCCUCGGCCUCGGAUCUUGACAACUGGAGCUGGUCCAACCAAGUUGGCCCGUACCAGUGGUACAUUCACGGUGAUGGCGAGACCACCGAGUACGUGAACUUGUCAAGCGACUACAAGAAUCCUGCCGACUCUGCUUCUACCCAGGGUGCCAAGAUCUCCUUGACCGACACGGCGUACUGGAACGGCCAGACGAUGCGGAGGACCGAACUGAUUCCUCAGACGAGUGCUGCCAUCAACUCGGGUACUGUCUACUACCACUUUAGCAUCAAGCGCUCAGAUGUCAACCCGCCGGCCCAGACCCGAGAACACCAAAUCAUGUUCUUCGAGUCUCACUUUACUGAAUUAAAGGCUGGCUGGUUGUCUGGAGCCUCUGGAACUACCGACGCCAACUUGCGCUGGAUGGCCAACAGCCAAACCCAGUGGAACGCGACUUGGGAGGCCGACGUGUGGCAUAAUGUUGCCUACGAGAUUGACUUUGACGGCCAGACGGUCGCCUUCUGGCACUCUACCGGCAGCGAUGCCCUGACUCAGGUCGUUGCCCCAGUCUCUGUCAGCGCCUCCAGCAACGGUGCCGACUUUCACGUCGGUGUCUUGGAGCUGCCGCGUGAUGGCUAUGCCGAUGCGGACGAGGACAUUUACAUUUCGGGUGUCUACAUUGAGAGCGGCGACAUCACCACCGAGAUUGGCAGCGGAGAUGCUUCUGGGUCUUCGUCGAGCGUUGCAACCUCUGCCGCUUCCACAUCGACUGCAGCAGCCACCACCAGCGCCGCCAUCACUACAACCUCCUCUUCGACAUUGGCCACCUCGACCGUGCCGGCCACCACCUCCGUCUCUUCCACACAGGCAGUCACAACCACCAAGGCGACAACCACCUCGGCAGCUGCCUCGGCAACAGCGUAA